GUCUUCCAACCAAUCAGAGGGGAAACUCAUUUAGUCUCUUUGCUUGGCACCUGGUCAGUUUUGCAGGUGAGCCAACACUUCCACAGCAGCUGAACAACAUGGAGUCCUUUGUCCACCGGGACGAGCCCUUCCCCACUCUUCCAGUUUACUACUCACCAGAUGACAAACCAGGGCCCCAGGUGAAGAUCUAUCACGUUCACUCACCCCUUAGACGGGCUCCUUCUCCUCUUCCUCCUCCAGAUUCUUGUUCCUUUACCUUUCAUCCUGGAGGGGUGUGCCCCCCCACUAAGUCCCCACCGCAAGUGUGUGCGCCCCCCGUGUUGACCCCCAUCCCAAAGUUUGUGAGUCACGAGAGCGACUUGUACCGUUCCCCUGCUCUGACGUCAUGUCCCACCUGCCGGGUCCAGGUGACCACGAGGGUGCACUACCGAGCUGGAACGUACGCGUGGGUCAUGUGUGUGCUCUUUGUGCUGUGUGGGUUGGUGCUGGGUUGCUGUCUGAUUCCGUUCUUCGUCGAACAUUUCAAAGACGCUCAUCAUAGUUGUCCGCAGUGCCAUCGCCUUCUGCACGUGCAUCGCAGGACCUGCUAUCAGUAUUGACAACAUGCGGCCAUUUGUUUUUAAUGUCAUGUACUUCUUUUAUCAAGUGACCACGUCCAACCUUUUAUGUUAUUUUUCGACAAGUCAAUAAAUGUUUCUUCACUUGGCUAA